CCUUCUCUACUCUUCUAAAUUACUCCUCCUCUGUUCUGUUCUGUUCUUAACCCAAAGUCAAUUCCCUUAUUCUCCUCUAGCUCAUCAUCAAUGGCCUCAUCCACCACCCAAUUCUCUCUCUACCUUCUUCUCCUAACCCUCUUCUCAGCAACCCAAUCAUCCCAAUCCCUCAGAGACCUCAAACCCAAUACCAGCCGUCCAUCCACGUCACUCCAAUCAAUCACAGACGUCCAUGACCUCCUCCCCAAGUACGGCCUCCCAAGGGGUCUCUUACCCGACAACGUAAGAUCCUACACUCUCUCCGAUGACGGAACUUUCGAGAUCUAUCUCGAAAGCCCUUGUUAUGUCCACUUUGACCAGCUGGUCUACUACAACAAGGACAUCAAGGGAAAGUUGAGUUUCGGCUCUGUUUCCGAUGUUUCAGGGAUUCAAGCCAAGAAGCUGUUUAUCUGGGUUUCCGUAACGGGGAUGCAUAUGGACGAAGGUUCUGAUUCUGUUGAGUUUUACGUUGGUGCUUUGUCGGAGAAACUGCCGGCUAAACAGUUCGAGGAUGUUCCUGUUUGUAAGACCAAGGCUUGCCGAGGAGGAGCUGGCAUUGAGUCAAUAUAGAAAAAGAGUCAAAAGCUCAAUGGAGUCGGAAAUUGGAAGAAGUACGAGGUGUGCAGAUAUUUUUAUCUCUUCCAUAACUUUGCGCUAGUUGCUAUCAAGUUCCCUCAACCCAACUGGCCUAAAGAAGCAAAUAUAUGUGCAUAUCAAUUUCUUGUUCAAGUGCCACAAAACGAAAUAAUGUAUUAUUAUUUUCUGUGUGCCAACUGCAGACAUUGAUCUUACCUUAUGAAUUAUGUGUAAAUAUGUCGAAAUCUCAUGCUUUUCAAUGAAAAUGUGUUGGAUACUUU